AUGUGGAUCGGUUUGAGCAUAUUCUAUUGGUCAGCAGUGCUCAACGUGGAUUCCGCCGCAACAUACACCACGACAACCACCGAGCUCAUUGCAGGACCCAGGACAGCCGUUCUACACGGUGGACUGCAAUCCAGAAUGACGAAUCUCGACAGCUUGUCAGAUGUUCAGGCUAUUCUUCUUGCCUGUGAGCUGUGCGCUGCCAGUAACGUAGCUGCAUUGCCUCACCUGCAACAACAUUUCCCUACGUCACUAACUGCAGUACGCCUAUUCCGCAUCUUGCUGUCCUUUUUACCAGAGACUACACCUCCGCAGCAAUACACGACAGUGUUGGAUGAGAUCGACCGAGGGACAUCUCUUACGCCAAAUACCGGGGAUAUUGAUAUAACGAAUGUUAAGAACAUUGAAGAGUCGGUCGCGUGGAAGCGUGUCCGGCGGUUGAGACUGCUUCCUCUCAAAUACCCACAGGCCAACAAGACGACUGAAACCACAGAUCCUUUGACGGAAUUUCUCAUCCAUCGAGCUCAUAGAAUCGACGCCGAAACCGGCUUACAGACCUAUAUCCUCGAGUUGAUACUACCGUUCUAUGAACGCUCAGAAUCAUUGCGACAAUGGCUCGUCUCGAAGAUUCUGCCGCUUUUGCGGUCGAAUUACGAAUACUAUCCGGACAAGGAAGAUACAAUCUCACUUUCUGUACUCGAGUCGAUGGACCAAACCACGGGAAUCAAUGUGCUGUUGUCUAUGACGGGGAAUACUGCAUCCGCGACAGAUCUAACGCGAAACCUGAGAGGGUUGGUAGGCCCGUGGAUGUGCGGAGCUGGGCAAACUAAGAGGCGGAGAUUGAAUCAUGAUCUCGAGACGAACAAUGCGACUGACGAGGCAACUACGGCCAAUUGGGACGAUGUCAAUGACUGGCUGCUGUCACGAAGCUUGGUGGAAUUUGAUAGUGUUGCCAGUGCGCUUGAUAAUUGGGACGGGCCGGAAGAUGUCGAUUUGGGUGGAUAUAUGGAUGUGGAUUUCUCAGAGUCUGAACGACUACGAAAAUCUUAUGGGCAAGCAGGUCUUGCUAUAAUAUAUGCGUCCGAUCCUGCGAGGGGCUCGCUUGAGAGGUUAUAUCAGAUUACAACGAAGAUAGCAAGACUGCUGCAAAUCGACACUGCCACGGAUAUGAACUUAGAUGACCCUUCAUUGAGCGCGCUUGAUUUGACUCUCACUGCUAUCUCGACUGCAUCCAAGGCAUCGUUGUUACAAAACGGACUUCUCAGGGGCGACAACGCUUUAACUGCUCCAUCUCGACAUUCGAUAAGUUUCUUGCAGGCAAUUCUAAUAUCUGCGCGCAUUCUGCGCGACUAUGGGUAUAUUACUUCGUGUCGAUCAGCGGCAUCUGUGUGUCUACAUGGCAAUGCAGAGACGCAAUCCUGGGAAGUUAAUGCAGUUUUGGAUAUGAUUGUCAAGCAGCCAAAGCCAGGACAAGAAUGGAAGAAGAUCCGCGAGCAGAUUCUCUGGCUGCGGGACUGGAGAGGCUCAUUAAAUACAUCUGAAAAGGCAAACGAAUGCCAUGGUCUUUUCUGGAGGGUGUCUAGAGUCAGAGUUGAAAUAGAAAUUCUCAAAGCCAUGGUGACCACUGGCGAAUAUCGAUUGGCAACGGACAUUUAUACACAGUCAAGCUCUCCUCUAGAUUCGACACAAGUUGAGACUGCUGUGGUGGACACGAUCAUAUCGUUUUACGAUACUGCUAGCAAUGGGAACAAGACUAGAGGCAAGAUGAAAAAAGCUGUUGAGAUUCUCAACGCCUUCCAGCCUCGAUUCACAAAUUCUAAGCGAUUCAAAGAAUUGACAGCUCUCAUUGCCGCGACCCAUGCUCUUUCCUUUUACUCAUUGACCCUACAACAUGGAGUUCCAUUCCAACCGGUCAGCAUCAGGGUCCAUGAAGAUCCUCUAGCAUUGAUUGAGAAAGUGCUCGAUCAAAAUCCUAAAAGCUAUACAAAGUUGGACGAUUUAAUAUCCAUCGGAAGAAACUUUGUCACCGCCGGCCUCUUACCCAAUCUUUCGGAAGACACAGAGCAAAGCUCUUUAGUCAUAGCCGAACGAAGAAUAAUCUCCAUGGCAGUCUCAUCAGCCCUUGCAUCUGACGACUUUGGCACCGCCUACUCCUACAUCCUAACUCGACUAACCCCUUCCUCACUCCUCCCAUCCUCCACCUCAGAUACGAUAACGACUACCUCCCCUGUCGAAGAAGACAUCUCCUGGCGCGCCGCCUACAACGCUGGCCGCUACCGCUCCCCAACGACUUCCACGGAAGCCGAUUUAACCUCUCAAAUCAACAACCUCUCCCAACGCAUGGAACUCCUCUCCUUGGCCCUCAUCCUCGCCCCGUCCGCAGACCCCCUACCAGAGGUUCUAGGCGCCUGGCGCCGCUGCGACGAAGAAAUGAGCAUCCUCCGCAACCGCGAAUUUCAAGAAGCCGAAGAAUGGGACCAACGCGGCGAUCUUCAGUCCGCCGGUGCUAGUGCUGGUGGUCCUGCAACGGUACCAGGCGGCUUUGGCCCGACCGAUCGCGAACUAGACGCCUACGAAAACGCGCAACGACAACAACGCAAGAGUCGCGCUUCCUACUAUGACGGUGCCAAUAACAGAGCGAGGGAUGGCGCAGAAGCGCCCAUGGGAUUAUUCGAUGUUGCGCGCGGAGCGGCCAGGGCGUUUAGCAAGAAUCUUACGCCGUUGCAGCAGUUGCAGCAGCAGCAACAACGACAACAAAGACAGCAAUUAGCCACUGAAGAAGUGGAAGGAGAGGAAGGAGAGUUGAGUAGGUCGACAGAAUCCCUUGAACGAGUUCGCAAACGUGAUGUCGUCUCGAAUAUGGUUACGGGCGGCUUGGCGAGUGGGAUUGGAUGGGUGUUGGGUGCUCAACCUGUCAAUAAUCGAUAG